AUGACACUGUUGCUGCUGCUGCUGCUAGCUGCCGAGCUCUCUGCUACUGCUGUAGAUAUCAGGGUGGAGGGUGACACCGCUGCUGCUACUGCUGCUACUGCCGAGCUCUCUGCUACUGCUGUAGAUAUCAGGGUGGAGGGUGACACCGCUGCUGCAGCUGCCGAGCUCUCUGCUACUGCUGGUACUGCUGUAGAUAUCAGGGUGGAGGGUGACACCGCUGCUGCUGCUGCCGAGCUCUCUGCUACUGCUGUAGAUAUCAGGGUGGAGUGUGACACCGCUGCUGCUGCCGAGCUCUCUGCUACUGCUGUAGAUAUCAGGGUGGAGGGUGACACCGCUGCUGCUGCUGCCGAGCUCUCUGCUACUGCUAUAGAUAUCAGGGUGGAGGGUGACACCGCUGCUGCUGCUGCCGAGCUCUCUGCUACUGCUGUAGAUAUCAGGGUGGAGGGUGACACCGCUGCUGCUACUACCGAGCUCUCUGCUACUGCUGUAGAUAUCAGGGUGGAGGGUGAUACCGUGGGGGUAGAUAGCCUGGUUGUUGAUGAUACGUCUACUGCUGUAGAUAUCAGGGUGGAGGGUGAUACCGUGGGGGCAGACAGCCUGGUUGUUGAUGAUACGCCUACUGCUGUAGAUAUCAGGGUGGAGGGUGAUACCGUGGUGGCAGAUAGCCUGGUUGUUGAUGAUACGCCUACUGCUGUAGAUAUCAGGGUGGAGGGUGAUACCGUGGGGGUAGAUAGCCUGGUUGUUGAUGAUACGCCUGCAGUGGAGGAACCUGUAGAAGACACCCCAGUGGCCGAAGACCUGGUGGCCGACAAGCCUGUUGCAGAUACCGUUGUAGCUGGGGCAUUUGUAGUCAAGGAACCAGAUGCGGACUCCCCUGUUGCUGAUGCUCCGCUAGUAAACGCCCCUGUUAUGGCAGAUGAAGUCCCAGACACAGAGGCCCUCAUGGCGGACAUGCCAGUGGUGGAAGACCCUGCUUACAUGGAUCUGGAGACCCUUGUUAAAGAGGCCCUGAUAACAGAAACCAUGAUUAAAGAGUUGUCUGCCCAGGUGGAGGAGGAAGACCUCGCUAAAGCGACUGAGAUUCAGGAUGCCAUCUUGAAAGAUUUGGCUGACCAGGAGGCACUAGAAAAAGCGACAGAGCCCAUUGAAGAGGCAGCAGAGGCAGAGGCAGCAGAGGCAGCAGAGGCAGCAGAGGCAGAGGCAGCAGAGGCGGCAGAGGCAGAGGCAGCAGAGGCAGAGGCAGCAGAGGCAGAGGCAGCAGAGGCAGAGGCAGCAAAGGCAGAGGCAGCAGAGGCAGCAGAGGCAGAGGCAGAGGCAGCAGAAGCAGAGGCAGAGGCAGCAGAAGCAGAGGCAGCAGAGGCAGAGGCAGCAGAGGCAGAGGCAGCAGAGGCAGAGGCAGCAGAAGCAGAGGCAGCAGAGGCAGAGGCAGAAGCAGAGGCAGAGGCAGCAGAGGCAGAGGCAGAGGCUCCAGCAGAGGAUACAGCCAGCCCUGUGGUACCUGUCGUCGAAGCCCAGGAAGAGGACUCUGACUGGGGCUUGGUUUCCAUCAGAGAGAGCCUCCAGGCAGCCAAUGGAUACUUUGACUCCCUGGUGGAAUUGAUGGGGGGACGCAACGGAUUGUGUCAGUACAAAUGCAAAUAUGGUAAGACACCUGUGCAUCGCAUUGGUUAUGUGACCCCAGAGCCCAAAGGUUGCAGCUCCGGCCUCCUAAGAUUCCAGUUUGACAUGGGCAUCCCAGCCAUGACUCAGUGCUGUAACCAGCUGGACAGUUGCUAUGACACCUGCGGCUCCGACAAAAACCGCUGUGACUCCAAGUACCGCUUGUGUCUCCACGCUAUUUGCUCUGACCUGAAGAAGAGCCUGGGGCUUGUGUCAAAGGUCAAAGCCUGUGAGACCGUAGCAGAUACUCUGUACAACACAGUGUGGACGCUGGGCUGCAGAUCCUUCAUGAACAGCCAGAGGGAAGCAUGUCACUGUGAGGGAGAGGAGAGGGACGAGCUGCAGAGGACCACCCUGGGACACUACACUACACUACCCAGCACUAGACCAACCUGGGACACUACACCACACUACCCAGCACUAGACCAACCUGGGACACUACACUACACUACCCAGCACUAGACCAACCUGGGACACUACACUACACUAAUACAAGACCAACCUGGGACACUACACUACACUACCCAGCACUAGACCAACCUGGGACACUACACUACACUAAUACAAGACCAACCUGGGACACUACACUACACUACCCAGCACUAGACCAACCUGGGACACUACACUACACUAAUACAAGACCAACCUGGGACACUACACUACAC